CGAGAAGGGGUGCUGUUUCUGUUUAAAGGGAUUUAAGCGUCCGCAUGACCGGUCCUGUUGCUAACACUGCAGAACAAAUGGCUGAAGCCAUGGACACUGUUGCCGCCUUUCCUGAUGCCUGGGAUGCCAAGGGAAAAGGGGUCAAAGGAGGCAAAGGCAAGCGUCAACAGCAUGGUGAUCAGGGUCGCAAGGGCAAAGGCGGCAAAGGCGGCGGCAAAGGAGGAAAAGGUGGCAAGAAUGGAGGAAAGGAGGAGCUCCCCACUGAGCGGAAGGACGAACUGGAAGCCCAGCUCAUCGCGCUAAGCCGUGGCACGGAGAGCUCCGCGACUCCUCGGGUGGGCGACCUGGUAGAAGUGAAGGUCUUGGGCUCCGAUCCGCAGGAACUACAAGGCCAGAUGGGCCCGGUUUUGGGCAUUGCCUCUCUGCCGAGCCUGGCCACCCCAGCCAUCACCGUGCGCCUGCCUUCGGGCGAGACCUCAGUGAGCGCCAGUGAGCUGCGGAUCGUGGAGGCGCAGCGACCGCUGCCAGAGGGCUCCCUGAGCUUUCCCAAGAGCCUUACUGGCAUGGAGCGAAAGUUUGUGCACUCAGUUUGUGAACGCCUGGGCUUGAUCUCACAAAGCUUUGGCAAAGGUGAUGAUCGAUACAUCACGGCCUUCCGACCCGCAGAAGGUUCUGGGAGCUCUGGUUGUGAACCUUCAGCACCAUCACCCUGCUCACCCAGCACAACAGUGAUCGAUGUGUCUGGAGUGAAACUCGACGACGAGUCAAAAAGAGCGCUCCUAGAUGCAGUAGUGGUGCCCGAGGGAUGGGUUUCUUCAGCAGAGCGUAUGGUGGUUUGCCAUGGUUCUUUUCAGAAGCCGAAGCAAAUGGACCACAGGUCGGUGGUACCAGACUUGUUGAAUGAGAUCGCAACGUUGCGGCCGGGGAGCACAGCCAGUUUAAGAGUUGUGACAGUUGCACGAGGUGAGAAUACCAUUGCUGUGGGUGUACUGGGGGUGCCUUCAGCUGACCGAAAUCCACAUGUGCUUGUCGCGACUUCUCCUGGAGCCCAUGCUGUGGUCAAAGAUUUACAUUGGAAGCCUUGGUCGCCUAGCUGAGGCAGAAAGAUGCGUUGGUCUUAACCGGGCACUUGACGGAGUGGCCCCGCGAUCCGCCUGCAGCUUGACGCCUAUGUCGAGACCAUCAAGGAGAAGCAUACGUAUAUCACAGAAAGCGCUCUCAAAAAGCACAGCAGGUGACAUAUGGCAGGAUCAAAUUCUGGACUGACCUGUAUUCUCGGACGCGUGGAGUUUCUCAAAGCCUUUUGCGGAGCUUCAAAUCUCAGGAGUGAGAAACCCGCCCAAGCAAGCACGCACCCGCGGAA